UUGAGCCAAGGUCUGUCACAAAUCAGCCAGGACACACGGAUGACAUCACGCGCACCUCCAUCGCCUUUUGCUGGUGGUCGUCUGCCGGAAUGGUUGAAGAGCCCCAACCCCCCCGGAAAGGAUGGGGUCACCAUUCGAGUCUUCAUACCCGCCACCGGCAUCGUCGUUGUCCACCCCUCAUGGUGGACAUCAGCACUUCACCAGCCCCGCGACGCCGACGUUCGUUCCGCAGCCGCUGUCCACGCAUCCACCACGUGUCCCGGCGACGCCGACGUUCGUUCCGCAACCGUUGUCCGCGCAUCCACCACGUGUCUCGGCCGUUUCCCUUUCAGUUGCACUAUCAACGGAUGGAGCAAGGGAAUCACAUGCGGAGUGGUCAUGGACGCACUCGCAUUCUGCCAUGCCAUCAACCGGCGAGAAGAGCAAUGGCAUGGACAGUCGGUGGGCAGUGUACGGCCAAACGGCGAGUGSCCAUCGUCCGMCUAGUGAGGGAGUAUCGAGCRUGAGGCCUCACGRCAAUGACGGGGGAGCAUYGGUGCARGAUUCCGGUCGUCGACGAUCGAGGAAMRAAUCUCCCACCCAUCGAGACAUGCGAGACAUUCCURUGUCACCUACYGUCAGAUCGUCGAACCUUUCUCCGCGAUGCGUGGCCGACGUGGACGGUGGUGAUGAUGACAUGGACGGUGAGCAGCCGACAAUCGGCAGGCCAAGCGUGGAGGAGGGGACGCGAGCGCCAUUACCGCGGCCAGAUAAGAACAAGCAGACGAGGCCUUGGGUUUUGGAGGAGAAAGUCGACCUUGCCGAAUGCAUGAGGGAGGAUGACGCGCUUAUGGCAGCUGCUGAUGGCAGACACAAUUGUAUGAAACGUUUAGAGAGAAACGAGUGGGUGUCGAAGAGGAUGGGGGAGAGGGGGUGGAGAAGAUCGGCCGAGGACUGCAGGAAGAAAUGGUCGGAGUUAACGAGCAAGUUGAGGGUCAUCAGGGACAAGUGUGGGGCAUCGGGCAAACCCUCGUAUUGGGAGAUGACAGGGGAGGAGAGAAAGAAGGAGGGGAUGUUCCCUGCCUUCGAACAACCUGUUUGGGAGGCCAUGGCUUGGUACAACAACUUGCCAUCACUAAGGUGUGAAAAUACGCUCGCCUCGAGUGCUUUGCAGACAGGGGAGGGAGGGAGCUCUGGUAAAGGUACAUCGGAAGGGGGGGGGACACCUCAAGGCGGAGGGACAACGCAAGCAGGGAUGACAACAGCCGACGGGGCGUCAGAUGCCCGUCCUACAUCAUCAAGGGGCGGGACAUCAGAUGGGCAGGGAACAUCGCAGGGGGCAGGAACCUCUCGACAAGGAGGGAUGGACGAGACGGAGAGCGCACGGAAGACACGCCGCACGAGCGGUGGGAAAGGUCGGGUUACAGGAGAGAGCAGAUCAGCGGUUUCAAGCAUCGCCGAAGCAAUGCAUGUGUCGACGCGGGCAUACUGUGAAGGACUAGAUAAGGCGUUGGACAGGGCCGCUCGUGUGCUCGCGAAGGCGAGCACCGAAGGAGCGAAUGUUGUCGCUGGCAGGAUAGGUGACAUGGCCACCCAGAUUGGCGAGGUGGCGACCGCCAUGCACAAGGGAAAUGCGGUGUUGGAGCUGCUGGUGGGUGUCAUGGCACGACAAGGGAACAGCGAUGGCGGGCGGUGAGGAGACAAUGUCGGUUAGCGGCGUAGGGAACGGU